CCAGCGAUGAGUUGGCUUCCCUUCCAUGUUGUUUUUCCCAACACUCAGUUGCUUCCGUGAUGAGCUUUGUUCUACUGGAUUGAGGGGGACAAGCAGAUGCUUGGGAUCCCGACUGAAAGUUUCUGGAGAUUUUCUGAUACGAAGCAAUGUCUUCUUUGUUCUUCCGAAGUCAGCUUGCGUCUGGGAAGAGCUUUUACUGACGGUGCUCGUCGCAGGUUUCCGGUCUCUUCUCUCCAUAGCUCGCUGCAAACGAAUCAUGGCGAGCAUUUUCAGUAAGUCAUACAGCCCUUUGCUUCUUCCCUCCCGGCCAAUGAUGACAACCCAACUUGCUUUUCCUUCGAGAGUGCAAAGACUUCACAGUCCACGACUGUCACGGCUCCAUGAGACCAAAAAGGGGUACUGAGGCCACCAGAAUUUGUUCAACACUUGUCGACGUUUCUUGUCAAUGGCUCUUUGCUGACGGUGUUCAUCGCAGGUCGCUUUUUCUUUACCGUUUGCUGCAAAUCAGGCCAGAAACUUGAGUAAGUCAUACACCCCUUUUUACUUCCCCCCUUCCCGCCUGGAUAUGAUGACAAAGCAAUCAACCUUCUUCGUUUGAGAGCGCAAAGCCUCCACAGUCUACGACUGUCACGGCUCGAUGAAACCAAAAACGCACUGAGGCCACCAGCAACGUUCUUCCAGCACUUGCCAGAUUCCCCCAUGUCUUGGGCACUUUGCUAACGGUUCAGCACACACUGCAGUUUCUCUCCCUUCCGCCUGGCCGCAGCUCAACCACUUGGUAAGUCUCCCACUUGUCCUUCAC